AAUAUUAUCUCAUUUUCUUUCAAUUUUUUCCACUUUCCUUUCACUUUCUUUUUGUUAUCCAAACCAACAAAAAAAACCUUAAAGUUUGUGAGUAAACGAAACAACGUUGUAUAAGGCUUUCUCUCUUUGACCUGAAACACAAAGCUUGUGAAGUGAACAGACAGCAACAACAUAAUCUUUUCUCUGUUCCUCAGAUUGGAUGUUAUCAAACCUUUUCAAACUCGGCCAUGAGACGAGACUACUAGCCAAAACUUACCGUCAUCUUUGGGCUCGACGAUUUGAAUGUUGCUGCUAUUUCUGCACCUCUUUCCCUUUCAAAUGAAAGCUAGCUUCUCGGAGAGAUUUGAAAUUUAUACGUAGGAUUGAAAUCGCGUUGAAUUGUGAUGUCAAGAACAUCGAGCAGCAAACCUGUUAAUUUUAUCGGUACGAAAGAUAUAUUUGUUUCAGCUGUUCGCUUCGCUAUGUCUAUUGAGGAACCAUGUUUCCCAUUUGGCGACGAGCUAAGAAUCUCCGCUCAAGAGCAAGUCGAUUACAUGCUAGGAGAAGACGAAGAUAUUACAGUCGUUAUGGCUGACGAUGAAGUAAAAUCUGUAGUAAGAAUCGGUGUUUACAAUAUCAUUCAUUCGUUUGAAACAGACUUGUCGUCAUUGCUGUUGUAUCCUUCUCUCGAGUUUGAAACUGCGGCGGAUAGCACGAUAAUGAGGAAAGUAUCUGAUCUUGAAUGGAUGUGUAAUGUACUACCAAAGAUGGAUUUGAUGAAAUCUUUUGUUUCUAAUUGGAUCGCGAUUUCGAGUAAAAUUUUGGCGAUCAUUGAAGACGGAAAGUUUGAUCAUGUCAUGUGGGGUUUGAAAGUAAAACUGAUAGAACUAACAUGCAAGGUUUUGGAAGCAGUUAGUUAUGGAAGUGUGAUCGUUCCAGCUUCGAGUCGGGUACAAUUGCUAAAAACAUGGUUUCCGUACAUUCAGAAAAUGAAGCCGUUGCUUGACUCGAAAGCCGUUGCAGAGACUAGUUUCCGUUACGUAAUGGAUGAAGAUCUGUGUCAGGCUAUUGAGGGAGCGAUUGUGUCGUUGGUAUUGACGUUGCCUUCGAACGAUCAAGCGGAGAUUCUGUCCGACUGGAUAGGAAGUAGGGAAGUUGGAUAUCCUGACUUGAGUGAAGCUUUUGAGGUUUGGUCUUAUAGAAGCAAGUCUGCCAAGAGGAGAUUAGUCGAAGGUUUGCAUGAAAAAACCGACACCGCUGUCAGCAGUUGAAUUUGUCUCUUAACUCCUAAAACUUUGUCCUUUUUUAUAAAAACCAGAGAUGAGUGGAAAAAUGUAUACCAUUUUUUUUUUUUGUAGUCAUUAAAAACACGUAUACACAAUCGUGAGAUUCAGGAUUCAAACUCUGGUGUUGGCGUCCAAACAGAUGAUAUCUACUUUUGUCAGAUGAGUUAGGAUUUGCUGACAUUUUGUUUGUAUACUUUCACUAUGCAUUUCUGAGAAGAACUCCUAUAGUGUUGGUUGAA